AUGUUAACCCUCAGAAACAAGAUAAAGAACCUUGAUGUGAAUGUGAUGCUGAAAAUGCAUGAAUGGGUUUGGAAGAAGAAGGCAAUUCAGACUUGGUUUUGGACACUGAGGAAGGUGGUCAUGCACCAUCAAAAGAAAUCAAUCAAAAAAGUGUUGGAAGAAGCUGGGAUCAAGCAGGGAUCCACAGAAAUGAUCAAGUCUUAUCAGAAGGCCAUUUACACUGUCAUGAAGUCCCUUACUGCCAAGGAGAUACAGGAGGCCAAGGCAUUGGCCAAAGAAUGGAAUGAGCAGCAGCCACCUUGGGAUGUUCAGUCAGAGUACAUACCAUUUGGCAAUGCUGCCCAUCACUCACAAGAAACAGAACUGCAGAGAAGAAAGGCUGUAAAUAUGCUGAGGAAUUUGCUAAGGAAAUGUGGAAGUGGCACCGAUGCCGAGUCACCAGACAAAGAUGCCACUCCAUGGUCAAAGCAGAGAAAGAGCAAUGGGAAACCUAAAACCAUCCUGCUGGCACCAAAGUUGAAGGAUAUCAUGCAGACACUUGUGACAUUUCACUAUCGGAAGGCCUGCAGGAAUUCACAGUUUCUGCCACCUGAGGUUCCCUUCAAAGAGCCAAGUCAACUUACCCAGGAUGAGUUGACAGCAAUCUUGGAAUGGUGGCAAGAGCAAAAAGAGCAGCAUCCCAACAAUAUGUUUGGCUUCAAGAAGUGGAGAGAUGCUGGAGGAAAUGAUGGUACAGGCACAAGCAUGGUGGAUGAAGACACUGCAGAGGCAGUACCAUUGCCAGAUUUGGAUUCCCAGCAGUGGAUUGCUGGAUGCCAAGUGGCUGAGGGUGACACCUGCUGGCCAAUUGCCAUUGGCAAGGAACCACCAAAUGCCUGGUGGCAGGUUGUGGGUGGCAAUACAAGCCCUGUGCAACCUAUGCCAGAAGGCUGCCACAUUGAUUCACCUGAUUCUCUCUGCCUGGCAGAUCCAUUGGCAGUGCCAACAACUAUCAAGAGAGGCCAUAAACAGGAAGAUUCAAAGCACAAGUUGCCCAUUUCAUUGAUGAGUCAUACCCAUGCACUGGACCAGCAUAGACAAUGCAAGGGGUAUGUGGCAAUCAAAAUGGGUGUGGAAGGCACCAAAGUGGCCUGA